CUCACCCAAAAAGCACAAGAUAAUCACAAACCAAGUAUUCAAUUCAACGUUUUCAAGUUUCUUCUAAAUAUCAUCGAGUGAAAAAAUGGCACAAUACGGAGGAGAUCAGAAAUACGGAAGAGAAGGUCGCCACACAGAUGAGUAUGGCAACCCUAUUCGGAAAACUGAUGAGUUCGGAAACCCAAUUCACUCCACCACCGAAGGAACCAUGGGUGAUUAUGGAAUCACUGGCCAUCAGGGUCUAGGUCACACCACCGGAGGUACAGGAACCGAUUACAAAACUAGCGGCGGUUAUGGUACCACCGGCCACCAGGGGCUGGGUACCAAUAUAGGUCAUGCUACCGGUGGUUUAGGAAGUGACUAUGGUACCACCGGCCAUCAGGGUUUGGGUAUGGGAACAGAUUACAAAACCAGCGGUACCGGUGGUCAUGGCACCACCGGUCAUCAUGGCAUAGGCACUGACGUAGGCCAUAGGACUGGGGGAACUGGAGAUCAUUAUGGCACCGGUGGAGCCACUGAAUCCUAUCAAAACCAACCUAGCGCCACCCCUUUUGCAGGCGGCGGCAUUGGCACAGGAACUGGGGCAGGGUACGAGGGACUUGGAGUCGCCGGUCACAAACAACCUAGUGCCACCCCUUUCGCCGACACGGUCACCGGCACCGGUACUGGGACUGGCUACGAUCGACACAGAGAAGAAGGCCAUGAGAAGAAAGGGGUGAUGGAAAAGAUCAAGGAAAAGCUUCCCGGUGUACAUAGCACCGACGAGCAUCAAAGGGUUUCCACCACAACAACUGGCGGCGUUGGUGGUGGUGGUUAUGGGGAAGGAGGUGAAACCCAUGAAAAGAAAGGGGUGAUGGAGAAGAUUAAAGAGAAGCUUCCUGGACAUCAUUAGAUCGUAUGAUAUAUCUGUGUGAUGAUGCGUAUAUAUUUACAGAAUAAUGAGAUGACAGAGAAUAAUAAUCUGGUAUUGCUGUCGUUUGUCAUGUAUGUUGUUGAUGGGUAGCAAGCAGAGGCGGGAUUGAGCGUUGUAUUGUGUGUUAUCUGAAUCUCGUAUGUAAUUUGGUUUAGUUUUAUUGUGUUUAUGGAGAAUACUUUGCUUAUUGUUUUUA